CGGUGCGCCCGCCGCCCGACCGGCCCGGUGGGUGGGCGCGGGGCCGCCUCUACCGGUUGGUGGCGGUGACUCGGCGACCUUGGACCUGUGACUCUAGCGGCGGGACCCACCGGCCACAGCGGCCACGCGGACUUUGCCCAGUUCAGGGGGCGGAGCGGCCUGCGGCUCUGCAGGCGGACCGACUGCAAAGAUGUUAGCCUUUGCCGCCAGGACCAUGGUGAAGCCCCUGGGCCUCCUAAAGCCCUCCUCUUUGAUGAAGGUUUCCGGGCGCUUCAAGGCACACCAGGAUGCACUGCCCCGGCUGCCCGUGCCCCCACUCCAGCAGUCUCUGGACCACUACCUCAAGGCACUGCAGCCCAUUGUGAGCGAGGAGGAAUGGGUCCAGACCAAGCAGCUGGUGGAGGAGUUCCAGACCUCAGGGGGCGUGGGUGAACGCCUGCAGAAGGGCCUGGAACGCAGGGCCAGGAAGAUGGAGAACUGGCUGUCUGAGUGGUGGCUCAAGUCGGCCUACCUGCAGUACCGCCAGCCUGUGGUCGUCUACUCCAGCCCGGGCGUGAUGUUACCUAAACAGGACUUCGUGGACCUACAGGGCCAGCUACGAUUCGCUGCCAAGCUCAUCGAGGGUGUAUUGGAUUUCAAGACCAUGAUUGACAACGAGACCCUGCCCGUGGAGUACCUCGGGGGCAAGCCGCUAUGCAUGAACCAGUACUACCAGAUCCUAUCCUCGUGCCGGGUGCCAGGCCCCAAGCAGGACUCAGUCAUCAACCUCCUCAAGACCAAGAAGCCACCCAUGCACAUCACGGUGGUGCACAACUACCAGUUCUUCGAGCUGGACGUCUACCACAGCGACGGCACGCCCCUCACCUCAGAUCAGCUGUUCGUGCAGCUGGAGAAGAUCUGGAACUCCUCCCUGCAGACCAACAAGGAGCCCGUGGGCAUCCUUACCUCCAACCACCGCAACUCUUGGGCCAAGGCCUACAACACCCUCAUCAAAGACAAGGUGAACCGGGAGUCCGUGCGCUCCAUCCAGAACAGCAUCUUCACUGUGUGCCUGGACGCCGCGGUGCCCAGGGUCUCAGAGGACGUCUACCGCAACCACGUGGCCGGGCAGAUGCUGCACGGGGGCGGCAGCAAGCUCAACAGCGGCAACCGCUGGUUCGACAAGACGCUGCAGUUCAUUGUGGCAGAGGACGGCUCCUGUGGGCUUGUGUAUGAGCACGCGGCUGCGGAGGGGCCCCCCAUUGUCACCCUCGUGGACUAUGUCAUGGACUUCACGAAGAAGCCAGAGCUGGUGCGGUCACCCAUGGUUCCCCUGCCCAUGCCCAAGAAGCUCCGGUUCAACAUCACCCCUGAGAUCAAGAGUGACAUCGAGAAGGCUAAACAGAACCUGAGCAUCAUGAUCCAGGACCUGGACAUCACCGUCAUGGUGUUCCACCACUUUGGGAAGGACUUCCCCAAGUCACAGAAGCUGAGCCCUGACGGCUUUGUGCAGAUGGCGCUGCAGCUGGCCUACUUCCGGAUGUACAAGCAGGUGUGCGCCACCUACGAGAGCGCCUCCCUGCGCAUGUUCCACCUGGGCCGCACCGACACCAUCCGCUCGGCCUCCAUGGACUCACUAGCCUUUGUCAAGGCCAUGGAUGACCCCAGCGAGACGGAGCACCAGAAGGUGGAGCUGCUGCGGAAAGCCAUCCAGGCACACCGAGCCUACGCUGACCGCGCCAUCCGCGGGGAGGCCUUCGACCGGCACCUGCUGGGCUUGAAGCUGCAGGCCAUCGAGGACCUGGUGAGCAUGCCGGACAUCUUCAUGGACACCUCCUACGCCAUUGCCAUGCACUUCAAUCUCUCCACCAGCCAGGUGCCUGCCAAGACGGACUGUAUCAUGUUCUUUGGGCCGGUGGUCCCAGAUGGCUACGGAGUCUGCUACAACCCCAUGGAGACCCACAUCAACUUCUCUGUGUCGGCCUACAACAGCUGUGCGGAGACCAACGCGGCUCGCAUGGCGCACUACCUGGAGAAAGCGCUGCUGGACAUGCGGGCACUGCUACAACAGCACCCCCGUGCCAAGCUCUGAGCCCUGCACCCCUGCUCAGGCUGCCAGCGCCACACCUCAACCCCCCCACACCCCUCACCAGGCCUGACCAAGCCAGGGCCGGCUCAGGACAUCUCUGGUGGGGUCUGCGAGCCCAAGCCAAGUGCCUUCCACAGGACCAGCUGUGGCCUGGCUUCUGAGGCCAACUUCAGAGGUUGAACAGUACCUCGGGCCCAGGCACCCGCCCAGAUCUUCCCUAGGAACGUGACCCAGACUGGGCUGACGCUGGCCAGUUGGGCUGUGGUUUGUGCCCCACCAGCUUAGCUCCCACAGAUGGGAGAAGGUCGGGGGGAGGCAGGCGCCCAGGGGGCCCAAGGGGUUGGAGACGAGGUUUCCUGGUAAAGGGGACCCCGAGGCCUGGCCCUGACUCACACUGGAGGGCUGCGCUGCCACCAAUGCCCACAGAGCCACCUGCUCUUCUGGACAACAGGGCUCACAGCCUCAGCUUGCACUCCACUGGACCCCGAACUGUAUAUGUGGUUGUAAAGGCCCCCCUCUCCCCGCAACAAGGUGACAAUAAAA